UUUUUUCCUUGUUUUGCAGUCAGAACGAGAGUGUGUCGCAGCAAAACUGUGCUGGGAGCACCUUCCCCUGUGGCAGUGAAGAAGAUUGAUUGGCGAAUACUGGCUGCUUGUUUGUUGCGGAUCAUGGCAAUGCACAGCUGAGAGUGGACUUGGAUUGUGUUUCUGAGAGGCCUGUGAGGGUCUGAAAGGGGCAGAUCGGCAAGCUGGGGAAGCAGGGAGGCUCCGGAAUGGCACUCUCGGGAAUGCGAGGGCUGUCUACCUUCAUUAGCGAUGUGAGGAAUUGCCAGAAUAAGGAGGCAGAGCGGUCUCGCGUCGACAAGGAGCUCGCCAAUAUACGGACGCGGUUUAAAAAUGAUAAGGGGUUGACAGUGUACGAGAAGAAGAAGUAUGUGUGGAAGAUGCUCUACAUUUACAUGCUUGGGUAUGAUAUGGACUUUGGACAUAUGGAGACUGUCUCUCUUAUUUCAGCACCCAAGUACCCAGAGAAGCAGGUUGGAUAUAUCGUGACUUCUUGCCUUUUGAACGAGAACCACGAUUUUCUUAAAUUGGUGAUCAAUACUGUCCGGAAUGAUAUAAUCGGCAACAAUGAAACCUUUCAGUGCCUUGCCCUUACUAUGGUUGGCAAUAUUGGCGGGAGGGAUUUCUCUGAAUCCUUGGCUUCAGAUGUUCAGAAAAUCCUGCUUUCUAAUUCCUGCCGGCCUAUAGUUCGAAAAAAAGCAGCACUUUGCUUGCUGAGACUUUACCGCAAGAAUCCUGACGCUGUGAAUGUGGAUGGCUGGUCAGAGCGUAUGGUACACUUAUUGGAUGAGAGAGACAUUGGAGUACUAACGGCUGUUAUGAGCUUGCUGGUUUCUUUGGUGGCCAAAUCACAAGAUGCUUACUGGAGUUGUGUACCAAAAUGUGUACGGAUCCUAGAACGCCUGACCAGGGGUCAAGAUAUUCCACAAGAAUACACUUACUAUGGCAUCCCCUCUCCUUGGUUGCAGGUCAAGACGAUGCGGGUGCUGCAGUACUUUCCUGCUAUCGAGGAUCCGAAUAUCAGGAAGUCUUUGUUUGAGACUUUGCAGCGCAUUUUGUUGGGAACUGAUGUUGUAAAGAAUGUCAAUAAAAACAAUGCCUCGCAUGCGGUACUCUUUGAAGCACUCGCUCUGGUAAUGCAUUUGAAUGCUGAGAAGGAAAUGCUGUCCCAAUGCGUUGCCUUGUUGGGCAAAUUCAUUGCUGUGCGGGAGCCGAAUAUUCGUUAUCUUGGCCUGGAAAAUAUGACAAGGAUGCUCCUAGUUGUAGAUGUUCAGGAUAUAAUUAAGAAACAUCAAGCUCAGAUAAUCACUUCCCUGAAAGAUCCCGAUAUCAGCAUUCGGAGACGGUCUUUGGACUUGCUUUACGGCAUGUGUGAUGUCACCAAUGCCAAGGAAAUUGUGGAAGAGCUUUUGCAGUAUCUUACCAAAGCAGACUUUGGUAUCCGAGAAGAGCUCGCAUUGAAAGCUGCCAUUCUCUCAGAAAGUUUUGCCACCGAUCUUGAUUGGUAUGUGGAUGUCAUAUUGCAACUCAUCGAGAAAGCUGGUGAUUUUGUAAGUGAUGACAUUUGGUAUCGGGUUGUACAGUUUGUUACCAACGAUGAACACCUUCAGGUGUAUGCUGCGGCCAAGGCUUUGGAUUAUCUUGACAAGCCAGCAGUACAUGAAACGAUGGUGAAGUUGGCUGGAUAUCUUCUUGGAGAGUACAGCCAUUUGCUGGCAAGGCGACCAGGUUGCACCCCAAAGGACAUCUUUGACGUCAUUUACGACAAAUUUGCUGUUGUCUCAAUUGGAACCAAGGCUCUACUUCUUUCUGCCUUUGUUAAAAUUCUGUUACAUUCUCAACCUCAAGAUCCUGAUCUGCGGGAGCGUGUGCUAGAGAUUUUCAAGAGGUAUGAAUGCUCAGUCGAUGCCGAAGUGCAGCAGCGGUGCAUUGAGUAUCUGACAUUGUGCGCGAAAGGUCCUUCUAUGGUGGACAUCAUGGCAGAAAUGCCUAAAUUCCCAGUUCGUCAGUCAGCACUACUUAAAAAGGCCGGAGAUGCAGAAAGAGAUGUAGCAGAGGAAAGCGCUACAAAGUUGAGAGUUCAGCAGCAAAAUUCCACCGCGUUGGUUGUUGUAGAGCCACAGUCUAAUGGAGCGGGACCUCCAAUUUUGACACCUUCAGCUGCUCCUGUGCAAAAGAAACAGGCAUCCCCUUCUGAUCUUCCGCCAUCUGCACAUCCAGCAGCGCUUCCAGUUGGGAAUGGCCAUACUGAGGUGUCGGCAGUCACAGCAGAAGAUGUAUCUGUUCCUUCGCUGCCGGAAGACCCAGUUACAGAACCUACACCACCACCGGAACCCGCACCAGCUCCAUCUGGAGCUAAUCUGCUUGCAGACUUGCUGGCACCUUUAGCAAUCGAAGCUCCUCCUGGAUAUGCGGCACCUGAUAGCAUAGUUGAUUCAAGCCAGGAUCCUGGUCCCUCUGCGGGGACUUCUGGACUUGCCCCCAUGCAAUCAUCCGGGCCAGCAGACGCAUUAGCUCUCGCCCUUUAUGAUGGCCCGUCUACUAAAGUCCAGCCGAUUGGAAGUGUCGAAGAUUGGUUUAAUGCACUUGUGAUUAAAGACAGCGGUAUACUUUACGAAGAUCCUUUUGUUCAGAUUGGUAUAAAAAGUGACUGGAGAGGGAUUCAAGGGCGAUUGGUGUUAUUUCUUGGUAACAAGCAUAACGCGUCUUUAACUAACGUUAGGGCUGUGGUACUACCACCUCCCCACUUACGGUUCAAGUCGAGCCCUGUUCCUGAUACUAUUCCUCCAAGGGCCCAGGUCCAAUGUCCCUUCGAUGUUUUUUGUCUGCGCGCCAGCCGAGAGACAGCGGUUCUGGAAUUUUCUUACAAUAACGGCAAUAUUCCUGUCAGUGCGCAGCUGAAGCUCCCUGUAUUGAUAAACAAAUUCUUGCAACCAGUAACAGUGUCUGCAAACGACUUCGUAGCAAGGUGGCGAGCACUAGCUGGCCCUCCAUUGAAGCUCCAAGAAGUGGUACGGAACGUCAGGCCUAUGCCUCUGAUUGAGAUGGCAAAUUUAUUUAACAGCCUGCAUAUUGGUGUCGCUACCGGAUUGGACCCAAAUGAGAAUAAUAUCGUGUCUGCAACAACAUUUUACUCUGAAUCCGCUCAAGCUACACUCUGCUUGAUACGAGUGGAGACAGAUCCAUCAGACAGGACACAACUGCGACUCACCGUUGGUUCUCAGGAUCUAACGACAACAUAUGAACUCAUGGAGUACAUAAAGCAGCAACUGAUCGAUACUCCGCCACCGACGAUGGUGUCACCAAAUGUUCCAACGACCAUCCCAACUAACUCUGAGCUGACAGGUCCUGCAGCACUUCUAAAUGGUCUAAUUUAAUGCAUGAGCGGAUUUCGUUUCUUCGGUUAAGCAUGCCUCUGAUCAUGACUGCUGUGUCCAGCUCUGGAUUCACGCUCAGUUUUGCACUUUGGAAGGCCAAGAAGCUAAGGAAUGCGUAGCACAUGAAUGAGAUGCGCUUAGAAAUAAAAUUCACUAAUGGCUGAUUUGUUACUGGUUAUAGGAGCAUUACCAUUCUAUUUGUAGUGCAGUGAAAUCUUUGAUUGUAGUUUGAAUCCAAUUAAACAUUCGUUCACUCCCACCCAAGAUACAAUUUACAAUGUUAUGACGGUUCUAUUCAUCGGAAAUAAAGUGAGUUAUCGUGAAUUAACAGA